AUGGCAGCCAAUUCAGAAAUCAAACUCGAUCCCAAAUACGAUCACUAUGAUUUCCCAACCACGUCGCCUACGGCUCAGAGUGGUCACCCUGGACACACAACCCCAGAACAGGAUGCGCAGGUGCAGCAGUUGAGGUUGAAGUUGGAGGCGGCGGGGUUUACGGAGAGAUUGGAUACGCUUACUUUGCUUCGAUUCCUACGAGCACGUAAGUUCGACGUCACAUUGGCUGAGAAGAUGUUCGUGGAUGCAGAGCAGUGGAGAAAGGAUUUCGGUCUUGAUGAACUCGUCCGUACCUUUGAUUACAAGGAGAAGGAGGAGGUUUUUAAGUACUAUCCUCAAUACUAUCAUAAGACUGAUAAGGAUGGCCGUCCAGUCUACAUUGAACAAAUGGGCAACAUCGACCUUAACGCCAUGUACAAAAUCACCUCUUCCGAGCGUAUGCUUCAAAACCUCGCUGUCGAGUAUGAGAAGAUGGCCGAUCCCCGUCUCCCAGCCUGUUCCCGCAAAGCUGGUUCUCUCCUCGAAACCUGCUGCACCAUUAUGGAUCUCAAGGGCGUUGGAAUCUCCAAGGUUCCUUCCGUUUACUCAUACGUAAAACAAGCCUCUGUCAUGUCCCAAAACUAUUAUCCAGAGCGUCUCGGCAAAUUGUAUUUGAUCAAUGCACCAUGGGGUUUCUCCACCGUUUUCGGUGUUGUUAAGGGUUGGUUGGAUCCUAUUACCGUUGAGAAGAUUCAUGUUUUGGGAUCAGGGUAUCAAAAGGAAUUAUUGGCGCAAGUCCCUAAGGAGAACUUACCGAAGAUUUUUGGAGGUAGCUGCGAGUGUAAGGGUGGUUGUGCAUUGAGUGAUGAGGGUCCUUGGACAGAUCCAGCUUGGGCUAAACCUCCCAAGUGGGCAUCGACAAAUGGUGAUCAACAUGUCAUCAACACCGAGAACGUUAAUGCAGGUACGAUCCCAACUGGAACUACUGCUCCAGCGCCGGUUCCUAGUGAGGAGGGUGUCAAGGCACCUGAGCCAGUUGCUCAGUAG